ACUUGAUCAAAAUUCCAUAUUCACAAAAUUACUUGCUCUUGAUUUCUUUUGAUGAUUUUCAAGAAAUGAAUUCACAUAUUUAAAACAAAAGUUCAAGCACGAAUAAAAUUCUUAUUUUUAAGAUUUUGAACGCUCUAAUUCGUCAGUGCUACCACAAUCACAUAAUAAAAUUUCGUUACUUCCGCCAUUAAAAUUCAAACUAUCAAAAUAAUAAAUUUAUAGGUUAUGGAUGGCAUAACCUAAAAUUUUCAAAUUAUAAUUUUGACAUAAUUCCCUUUUUCAAUGUUCUGAUUGUUUCCAAUAUGCACAAGUGCAAAAUUAUAGAAGUUGCUGGAUCAAACAAAAAGCUGCAACCAACUCUAGUGGAGUUUGAGCACGGCUCACUAAACAAGAAAAAUGUAGCAAAAAUGGAAUGUGACGUGGUUUUGGAGGACGAUUCACAAUCAACAACGUACUUGGCUUGGAGAAAUUUGCAGAAAUCGAUUCUUUUGAAAGGAACAAAAGUACAACCUGAACAUCAACUUGCACAAACUUUGCUACUGAUAAGGAACAAAAAUACAAACAAGAUAAGAAUAGUGGCAACAGAUCGACUGGUGGUUUCGAAUAUAGUCAAUCAUGACGAAAAGUUGGCCUCCCGGAAGGUCAAAGACGACACAGUCAGUCAACAAGAGGUGGCUCUCAUAUUCGGAAGUAAAAAGGCUCAGAGACAAGCCGUGCUGAGUCAAAGACUGCAAAUCAAUCAGGAUAUUGUCAAGAAUAAACUGGAGACAUCAGUGGCAGAUAUAACAAUACAUGCAGACGAUUUGAACAGCAGUAAAGAUGCGACUAGCGAGCUACUUCCUCCUUGCAACACGGAAGCGAAAAAGGUUGAAGAGGUCUACAAUUUAGCAGAUAUCAUACCUGAGGAUGUGUUGGAAGGGCUAGAUGAAACGGCUUCACAAGUUGUUGAAAGGCCUCCUUCUAAACCUGACAAUGAGUUUUCGAAUUUCUUUGUGACAUGUAUCACCUCAUCGCCAUCUUUGUUGAAAUCAACAAAACAUUUGAAAUGUUUGCUGUACGUUGACUGCCUGUCUCGGUUCUUCACUAUACCAACCAGAGAUAUGAAAACAGAAAACCUAUACAAAAUGUGUCCCUAUUCCAAAUACGUUAGGAACUAUAUCACAAAUACGUUCUCGCAACUUCAGAAAAAAUCUAGAUUGAGGCCAGUAACAAUGAGAGAUAAAGCGGCGGCUCAGUCCUUAGUAAUAUUAAUGAUUGUUUUCCAGUACAAAAUGCCAAUACAGCUAUUUCAGCUCGCCUUCCCAUUGUACAAAGCUAACAGACUGCAAGACUUUGGUAGAGCUCUGCGGUUUUCGUCGACUACAUCGCAGAAUUGGACGCUGAAGUUACCACUCCCCUCCGUCAAUGCAUUUGGCAAGGGUCCAAAAAAGAGAGGCCGUAGAUAAUGUUUUGGGUUAAUCGAAUUCUCAAUGAAUCAGUUCAAUAAGUUUAGGCUAAUCAUUUCAUCAAUGACAUUUUUUAUCAGAUUUCUUUUAAUAUAUUUUUUUAACUCUCAAUCAAUGUAGCUGGUCAAAUAUUGAUAAUAAUUGUUUGGUUCUUAUUACCGUUACUUGAUGUUUAAUAUCGAUUAUAAAUGUGUGAAUUUGAAAUGUGUAAGGUACAGUAAGUGGAGUAUGCUAUUUGUAAAUAUUGUGUGAGUGAUUAAAAUGUGUUUUGGAA